UAAAAUUAAAUACACAUACUACCAAUUCUAAAUAAAUAAAUGUCCAAUGAUAGGUACAUUUGUUUUUUGACUGAUUAACCCAAAAAUGACAGUGUCAUUAAUCAGACAGCGUGAAUUCAAAAAUAAGUUCAAUUAAUUAAUGUAUCGCAAGGGAAAUCGUGUUCAUGAUUUUAUCCAUUGCAUCGCCUUAGUCUAAAGAUUUCAUCCAACCAAACGUUUCUGAAUAAUUUUACUUUAUUAUAGUUUACUUUUCAUAUGUUUUAUUGUACUAUUUGAUGAGUGAAACAUAGUUUACAUUUUGACGAUACAAAGAAUGAAAUCUCACCCUUUGGACAUGUCGUAUAAUGAGGCUUAGACAUGGCAACACUCUGAUAACAAUGGUAGUUUUAUUACAGAUACAGUGGGUUUUUGGUAUCAAAUGUUACCAGUGCAGAGACGACACGGAAAAAGAUUGCGUAGGAAAUCCUAUGAAGUACUUAAAGGAAUGUGCCGAAAAGACGGGUACAUCGAGGGAACGGUAUUGUAGAAAAGUAUCCUACAAAAUUUAUUUCUUACCGAAAGAGAAGGAUGUAAUCGUAAGGGAAUGCGCCUAUAAUAACGACGAGGGCGACAAGUGUUAUUACAGUUCGGAAUGGAAUAAAGGGUCAAGCUUUAUUUGCGAAUGUCCCACUGAUGGUUGUAAUGAAUCUUCACACGAUCCAAUUGUUUCGUUUACACUUAUGGGUUAUUGUUUGGGAUUUGUCUUUUGGAAUUUUCCGAGUUAAAGACUUGUAAUUUUUCUCCAAAUGUACAUAAAUAGUAAUUGUAAUAAUAAAAUAGCUUUCUACAAAUCCUUUUGUUACUGAUUGAA